AUGGUAGAUGAGCAGCAGAGCUUGGUCACUCACACUCAUGGUCUCAGGACCAGCUCACUCAUGCCUCCAUUAAUGGGGUCAGCUCUACUGUGUUGCCCAGGCAAGGUGCAGAGCCCACUCUCCCUACUUCUGCAUCUGGUGAGAGGCAUGGGAAGCUCUCUCAUCUGUGGCAGGUCAAAAAGUGUGAGGGUGGCAGUAGGAGCCAAGGACAUCAACACAGAUCAGGCCGGCAGCAAGGCCUCAGAGAAGCAGAGAGUAAGGAUCCUCACAUCCACUGUCAUCUCUGCUGAGAAAGACUACCAUGAGCAGAUUUCUGUAGCAGAGAUCACCAAUGCCUGCUUUGAGUCAGCUAACCAGGUGGUGAUAUGUGAUCCUUGUCAUGGUAAAUAUGUGACCUGCUGCCAGCUGUACUAUGAUGAUUUGCUUCCCAAAGAUGUUAAUGGUGCCAUUGCCACCAACAAGCCCAAGCAUACCAUCCAGUUUGUGGACCGGUGCCCCACUGGUUUCAAGGUUGUCAUUAAUUACCAGCCUCCCACUGUGUACCUGGUAGAGUGAGACCUGGCCAAGGUCCAGAGAGCUGUGUGCAUACUGAGCAGCAUCAUAGCCAUUGCUGAGGCCUGGACUCAUCUAGAUAACAAGUUUGAUCUGAUGUAUGCCAAGCAUGCCUUUGUGCACUGGCAUAUGGGUGAGAGAAUGGAGGAGGGAGAGUUUUCUGAGGCCCAUGAGAAUAUGGCUGCCCUAGAGAAAGAUUAUGCAGAAUUUGGUGUGGAUUCUGUUGAAGGACAGGUUGAAGAAGACGGAGAAAAAUACUAA